AAAAGAAAAUAAAAGAAGUGAUAGGAAGGACAGAGACAGUCGUCUCGAUGUAAAAAAGCCAACUUGUUGAUGAUACGGCCCAUAGUUUGACCCGAACCAGAACCAAAUUGACUUCCAGAUAACUAACAGUGAUGGCGUUCUCCGUGCUAAGAAGUGUUGUAAAGUGCACCAGGAGUGUGUGUGCCCUAAAGCCGCCCAAAAAUGUGGCUAAUAUUUGCCGAUGUGCCACCCCCUUAGCCGCCACCAUCCGCCUCCACUCGAACCUCCAAGCGCCCGCAGGGGUGGACCAUGCCCAAAAAAUCAAAAGUAAAAACAUAUACAGCUCAUCGGAAUCCGACAGCGAUUUAGAACCGCCAGGACACCGAGGAGAAACACAAUUCUGGCGCCGCAAAAUCCGCACUUUCCACGGAAUCCUCGACGUGAACAAAGACGGCGUCAUCUCCUACGACGAUUUCAAACUACUCGCUGAAAGAUUCAUCGAACUGGGCCACUUGAGCGAGAAACACACUCACGAGUUCCGCAAUUUGCUUAAAGACUUGUGGGAGAAGCGCUGGGGGCCCAUCAACCCCUACAACCUCGUCACCGUCGAGCAGUUCCUCGAGGACAUGCACCACGUGAUCAACGAUAAGCACCUGGUGCGGAGGGCGCACUCCUUCCUGCCCUAUCUCUUCCGCGCCCUUGAUAAAGACCAGUCGGGCGAGAUCUCCGAAGACGAGUUUAAAUUAUUUUUCCAAUGUUUGGGUCUUCAGGAGGAGGAUGCCAUUUUGGCUUUUCGCAGCAUGGACGAAGAUGGCGACGGAGUGGUGACGAUGAAGGAGUUUGUCAAACAUGGACGCGAGUUUUUAAUUACGGAAGAUGAGAAUAAAAUCAGCAAAUACUUUUUCGGGCCUUUGAUGGAGCACUGAUUUGAAACGAGACAAGUGGCGCGAUCUCGAGACGAUGCUCGGAACGGGAGAGUUGACAAGGGGGCCGCCAGAGGGCCGAAAUCAAUAUUUUAAAACUUAUUAGGAAUGUAACAAUAAAUACGUAAUAAAACAAUUUUUUAUUUU